CGACAAGCGGCGCGUUUGUUCGCGCGUGUUUUAUCCCGCGUAAGUGUAUCAUGUGUGAGAAACGUGGUAUGUGCACGGGUAAACGACAGGUGCCUCUUCUGGUAGUGACUACGUUGUUAGUUGGCGUGCGGCCGGAAUUAGUCGAUCCGAAUUUCAAGGAACCAAUUGCCAAUGUAACUGCUCCAGUUGGAAGAGAAGCAAUUUUGUCUUGCGUGGUUCAAGAUUUAGCUGAAUACAAAGUGGCAUGGCUGCGCGUGGACACCCAAACGAUAUUGACGAUAGCCAGUCACGUCAUCACGAAGAAUCAUCGAAUAGCAGUCUCUCACAGCGAUCACCGGACGUGGUUCCUCCACAUACGAGAGGUGAAAGAAUCCGACAGGGGAUGGUACAUGUGCCAGAUUAACACCGAUCCGAUGAAGAGUCAAACCGGUUACCUCGAGGUUGUAGUUCCACCGAAUAUUCUGGACUACCCAACCAGCACCGACAUGGUGGUGCCGGAAAACAGUAAAGUGACUUUACACUGCGAAGCGACAGGAUCACCGGCGCCAAACAUCAUCUGGCGACGCGAGGAUGGCAAGUCGAUACUCCUGGGAAACGGGACGAAUGUUAUCACCGUGGAGGGGCCAAAUUUCAAUAUAUCGAAGGUUGAUCGAUCGCACAUGGGUUUCUAUCUUUGCAUCGCGAGCAACGGCGUGCCACCAUCGGUCAGCAAAAGAAUCAUGCUCACCGUCCAAUUUCCGCCCAUGAUUUGGGUGCAGAAUCAAUUGGUGGGCGCCCAGGAGGGACAACAGUUGACUCUCGAGUGCCUCUCAGAGGCUUAUCCCAAAUCCAUCAAUUAUUGGACAAGGGAUAAGGACGAAAUAGUUCCGCAAGGGGGGAAAUACGAACCAACAUUGGUGGACAACGCGUACAAGGUUCAGAUGAAGUUGACGAUAAAUUCGGUCGGCCCGUCAGAUUUUGGAUCGUACAAAUGCGUGUCAAGGAACGCAUUGGGGGACACCGAUGGCACCAUCAAAAUUUAUCCAAUCCCAUCCUCGAAUUCUACCGGAAGUACGACAAGAUACAAAGGUAAACUGAGGCAUAAUUCGGGAAACGAUAUUUUCGAAGGAAAUCAAGAUAUGUUGAAAGAAAGAGAUCUGAAGUUACGUGGCCGGAAACAAACGAGCGGAAACGAGGAGGACGAUUACGAGGAUUCGGGCGCUGCGUCGAGCAAGAACUCUUUCAGCUUGAUUUUCGUCUUGGCCACGUUCUCCAUUUACCUCCGCCAUCAUCACCCUCAGUUAAGAACGUUGCAUCCGGCUUGAGGAUCGGCCCGCGUCUCGGCCAAUCAUCAUCGGAUCCUCCUUUCGAUCGCGAGCCAUCGAAAAUUUGUAAAUCCACUUAAAAAUCCAUCGUCGCUCAGGGACUCUAUAUUUCGGGGAUAAAAAAAUUUUAUCGAAUCAUCAUCAUCCGCGCCGACCACACUCAUCACAAUUGUAUUGUAAAAAAGACAUUAUUUAUUAUUACUAUUAUUAUUAUUAUUAUUUAUUAUUAUUAUUAUUAUUGUCAUUGUGUAACGAUACUAGCUAAAUUGUAAGUAUAAAGGAUUAAAAAGAUAAAAAGAAAAAAAAAAAUAAGAAAAAGAAACUGUAAUUUCGUAGAGUUAAGGAUGAAAAUAAUCAUUUUUCAUCAUGGCGGGCGUUACGUGGCGAGCAAUAAAUAAUAGGAGAUCCUGUUCUGGAAUUGAAUUUAAUAGAUGUGCAACGAGAGUCUGGAUCAUGCUCAAAUGGUGAAUGAUAUUUCGAGCUAGUCAAUAUAGAAGUUUAUUCGUUGCUUUCGCUCCGAUCACUUGCGUUUAGGUAUAUAGUUUAAACGUGUUUUACACGUUCAUAUUUAUUUUUUAAUUUAGGGCUAUGAUAUAUACAUUUUUAAUCACGAUAUUUUGGUGUUAUUUAUAUCAUAGGUAUUAUUUAAUUGACGAUUGAAGGCGAUUAAUUAAUCAAUUAAUUAAUUUAUUUAUUUAUCAAAUUCCUUAUUUUCUUUUCUUUUUUAUAAUUAAAUAAAAGAUAUCACAAAAAAGUGAAGAUAACAAUAAAGAAGAUACAAAGACAGGGAUUACGUCUAAAAUUUGUAAAUUAUUUACAAACUUUUUAUCAGAAUUUUAAUAACGUUUAAAUAUUAUCGAAGCCGAACAGGCUUUCUCGAAAUAAAAAAAAUCAAAUCAUUCGUUCAGGUAUAUAUAUAUAUAUAUAUAUUUUUAACUAGACAAUAUAACUAUAUUCACUUUUGUGCUUUUUUUUUUUUUUUUAUAAAAUAGUUACUAAUCCUAGUUUUUUUUUCUCUCAUUUUCGUUUCUAGAUGGAAAGGUCGUUAAGAAUAUAUACGUAUAGAGAUCUAGUUAGAGUCGAGUAUUAUAAAUAAUAGCGAGCGCUUGAUAAAUAGCAGCAAGAGCCUCGAUGGAAGCCUCCAGUGAUUCGUAUUCGUACCAAUGAAAACUUAUAUCGAAUGAGUAUCGAUAUGCAUUCGUGUACAUAUACAUAUAUACGGCAUAUAUAUGUAUAUUAUAUAUGAUUAUACAUAAAAUACAUAUACUGUAUAUGUAUAGGAUAUGUGUAUAUAAUAUGACUAUACAUAGUAUUUUAGAUUAUAGUGUUAUUCAAAGACUGAGAGUAUCGUUUCGACGCUCUUGAACUGCAUCAAUAAAUAAUGGUAAUAUAAAAAUGGCGGCUGAAUACAACCCGAUAAAGAUCAUGGAUCAGUGAAGAAUAGAAUCCUUUUCUUUUUGUGACAUAACAACAAAAAUUGUAUAACGAGUUUUACGAAUUUUCGAAGUAUAUACAUAUAUAUGAAACUUUAUCGAGGGGAUGUGCUGAUUUGGAGGAUUGAAAUCAGAAAUUGUAGAAUUAGAACAGAGUUUAUGUAAAUCAGCUCGUUUCGAUGCAAUGUAUUUUCACUAUUAUUGAUAGAUAUGAAAUAUUUUGUAAAAUUUUUUCAAGAAAGGCCUAAACUCCACCGCGCUUUUCGUUCUAUCCAGAUAAUUGAAUUUUAAACAAAAUAUUUUACAGAUCUUACGAAGCAGAUAUUUUCAAAAUUCAAAUUUUUAUUUUUAACCGAUCAAAAAAAUAUUCCAAAUAAUCCUCUAAACUAGUAUCAUUUCUUUGAUACUUGUUGAUCGAUCGAUCGAUCGAUCUAUCGAUCGUGAAAUUAAAUAAAAUUCUUCGUUUCGUUUAAGAAAUUUCUACUGAUUCUAUCGUUCGAAAUUAUAAAUAUGAACGAUUUCAAAGUGUACAUGCAAGUGCGUUAAUAAAUUUUUGUAAUGAAGUUUCUGUCUGGGAAGAUUUAGAAAUCUCAGAUUGAACAAAGAAAAGUCAUUGACUUUUACUAUAUAGUUUAUAAAUAUAUAAUACGAGUCAAAUGUAAAUUGAAACUUAUAGGCUUAAUUAAGUAUAGAUUUUAUUAAAAAAAAAAAAAAAAAGAAAGAAAAAAAAUAUACGAAGGAAACGUGUGAAAGCUUAUAUAGAUUUUAGAAUUGAAAAUUUUAAUAUAAAAAAAUUAAUAGAUGUACAAUAUGUUGAAAUUGAAUACGGUACGACGAUAUAUAUUUCCUUUUAUUGCAGAUAAUUAUUCGGAUAAUUUCUUCGUUUUUAAUUUGCCCAUAAAUCGACGAACGUUUGAAAAAUUAGCAAUAUUUCAUCGAUUCAUCAUCAUCAUUUCUCUUAAUAUAAUACAAUGCAAUAAUGUUCAUUCGAUGCAAAUAACAUCGUGCAAAAAAAAAAAGGAAAAGUUCUUUCAAUCGAAUUUUCACUGCCUUCUCGACUAUAAUAUUUAUGGAUCGAAUCAUCGAUUGUUCGAUGAGACCACGCCAGCUCGUAAAUGUAAUGUACCUUAUUUGAAUAUUUGAAAGAAAGCUGAUUAUUCGCGAUUUUUAGAGCAUAAAUAAAAAGGUAAUACCAUAUGACUGUGAGGCAGGAUAAAAAGGAUCGCAGGUAAUGUCACGGACAGUGUAAUAUUCCGCUUUGGGAUCGUUCGCAUAUCCCUUUUCCAGCGAUCGUAAAAAAAAAGGGGGAGGAAAAAGAGAGGAAACGAAUUUAAAAUCUUUUUAUUAUUCGAUGAUGUAAGACAUAUCUAUAAGGACACAGUUUUUUUUUGGAAAAUGUGAUCGUUUAUUUAAUAUCCUUUGAGAGAAAAUAAAUUAUAUCUAUUUUCAUUUUUACGAGAGUGAUACGAUAAAAUAAAAACUCGAGAAAGCUUCGAAUAUUUGGAACAAUAAUUUACAUUCGCAAAUAUUCGAAUGGGAGGAGGUCGUCUUUUAAAUAAAUAUCUUUCGUUAUAAUUUCAUCCGAUUUAUGAUUCGUGAUAAUCUUUUCCCCUUUCCGUAUUAUUACUAUAUUUUGAUUAAAAUUUUUAAUCUCAAACUUUUCUUUAUUCCGUUGGAAUAUUCGUAUAUAUCGAACCUAGCAAGUGCAACAAUAACAGAAUUUCGUUCGAUCGAAAUUCGAUAAUUUUGAGCGAUCUGUUAAAAAUAAUAAUAAUAUAUAUAUAUAUAUACAUAACAAUUACGCGCAGAAUACGACAUACUUUUAUAUCAUCCGCAUUGUAGAUACCAUUUGUAAUCAAUGUUGAAUGAUCGAUGUAAUUAUUGUGAUGCGAAAGUGAUGCGAGUGUCGAAAGCGAAUUAUUUGUAUGCUUGUAAGUAGAUCCUAACAAUAAGUGUAAAACUGAGAGAGAUUAAAUUCGACGAGAGUAUAGAGAUGAGAAGAAAGAUGUAACGAGUUAUACACACAAUGUACAGAUAGGCUGCAUUUUCCUUGCUAAGUAGCGGCGUGACUAUAUAUGCCUCUAUAACAUAUACUAUUGCUCAUGAAUAUACGCGACUGAGAAUAAAUACGAUUCUUAAAUGUACACGUUGGAAGAGAAAUCGUUAGUCGAUAUCAUCCUAUCGUUUUGUAAUAAAUUUGUCUCCGACGAAUUUUCUUUGAAUUUUCCAAACGUAAUAUUCGUCGUUUGGAAAUUGGAAAGAAUAAUUUUAGAAGUAUAUAUAAUAUAUAUAUAUAUGAGAGAACGAAAUGAAAUAACGCCGUUAAAUCAUUUGUUUUAUUAUUACUUUUGCAAUAUGGUUGCGCCAUACAUCGUGCUUUCGGCACGCAAUCUAGUCUUAUAAGCACCAUUGAGACCAGGAAAUUGUCCACUGUCCGUGUACACAUGAAAAUACAAAUUUAUCACGUACCAUUA